GUUUGUUCGCUUUGGUCUUUGUUUUUCGCACACUUCCACAGUGCCUGUAGGUUUAAUUUUAUUUUUUAAACUAUUGAUUUUUUGCACUGGGAUUGCCUGCUUAAAUGUAUAGAUGCACUGAAUCAAAAAGUAUGGAGAGCUCCGUGACUUCUACAGGAAAAAUAAAUAAAAUUGGACUAUUUUUUGGCAUAUUAGCCAUUGUCUUUAUAGGAUAUCAAAGGCAGGAAAGUGUGCAACAAAAUGAUGAUUUGGAUGAUGAUUUAGAUAAUCUAGGUGAAGAGCUCCGGAUUAUUUUGGUGGGAGAAACAGGGGUGGGGAAAAGUGCAACGGGCAACACCAUCCUAGGAAAAAAUGUUUUCAAAUCCGAGACAUCAUCCUCAUCUGUGACUGGACAAUGUGAAAAGGUUUAUGAAAUAGUUAAUGGAAGAAAAGUAACAGUUAUUGAUACUCCAGGUCUGUUUCACACUAAUUUAACUACAAAUGAAGUUGUCAACAGAAUCGAGCAGUGCACUUUAUUCUCUUCUCCUGGACCACAUGUCUUUUUAAUUGUAAUCAAAUUAGGCAGAUUUUUAGAUCAAGAUCUUGAAGCCAAUAGAAUUAUUCUAAACAUGUUGGGUAAUUCAGUCUCUUCAUCACAUACCAUAAUCCUCUUUACUCAUGGAGAUCUACUAAAGGAAAAAAACAUUCACACUUUUGUGCGUGACAAUCCAAAACUGGUGGAAGUAAUAAAAGCUUGCAGUGGAAGAUUUCACGUCUUUAACAAUACAGACGAGAAUCCACAUCAGGUCAUUCAGUUACUGGACCAGAUUGAUAAUUUGGUGACUGGAAACGGUGGGCAGCAUUACACCAAUAAGAUGCUUGAGAGCGUGGAGAGAGCAAUCGAGGAAGAAAAACAACAUAUCAUAAAUGAGACAGAAAAACAGAGAACGAAUGAGAUAAAAGCUCUGGGGGAAAAAAUUCAAGGUGAAGCUUUUGAAAAAGAAAAAAGAAAGGUGAUCAAGAAAUAUGAAAAAGAGGCAAGAUGGCAAGCAGAGAAAAACACCAUUCGUGUUCCAAGUGGUGGAUUCUCUUUUGUGAAUGAAAUCAAAAACUUUUUAAAACUUGAUUGAGAAUUAAGACCAAUCAUUAAAAUGAAAUUGAAUCCUGAAACUUCAAACCAUAAAUCUAUUAGUUUUUAGGCAAUGUUGUUGUAUUAAUUUAUUACUAUUUAAGUUAGAUACAGAAAGAAACAUUUGUCUAUGUUUCUAAUGAUCAUCUUUGGAAAAAAAUCAUCUGCUAAAAUAUAAAUCAAAUAGGGGUUAACAAAAACAAAGCACACAUUUAUAUCGUUAAGGGCCAAUUUAUCUUUUGAAUUAGUAAGUAGUGUUGUAAAUAUAUAGAUGGUUGUAUCCUUAUAUUUUCACAUUUCCAACUUGUCUUGUACUUUUCUUUUUUUACAUUGAAUCUUUAAGA